CACGUCUGUAUGCACCUUUUUCAAUUAUCUCUCCGUUACUUCCGAUAUAAAUUUUUUUCAUUGUCACUGUAAUUGAUAUUUGUACGAUAUUUUGAAUGAAAAAUAAUUUUCAUUAAAACGCCAUACAUUAUUAUUAUCUUAAAUGUGAUUUCAUCAGGAUUGUUUGCUGGAACUUUCCUGGAAAUUCAUUCUACGUCAACAGAAAGAGGAAAAAUAAGAAUGAGAUAAAAUUAAAGGAAAAAAAUUGUCGUUUAAAUGAAAGAUUUAUUUCCAUUCAUGACAGUGAAAUGUUUUAUGAAAUUUGAUUUUCUAUCUUUCAAAGAAAUUCCUAUCACUUACAGUAAUGAUAAGUUCAUCAAGUGAUUAUUUCUUUUUGCUACGUUCAACUUGCGAAUAAAUAAGUUCACCAAUAAAUGAAUAGAAAAAUGUGAAAACUUUCAAUAUCUGAUCACGAUCGAUAACUAGAAAAAGCCACUCCCACGGUCACGAAGGCGACGGCUUCCGGAAUCAUACAAUACUUGAAAACACGCUUGCGCUGACCAUGAUUCUUUACAAGAUUCAGACAUCUUCUACUUGAAUCUUCUUAAAUAUUCUCAAGAUCACUUGAAAAAGAAAUGCCAAUGAAUGAAAAACAACCUGCUCUAAAAUUUGCCAUGAACUUAAAUUAAAAUUUCAUUGCUAUCGUCUGAUUAAAAAUAUUCACAGCAACAUUGAAACUUUCUGAAAAAUGACCGACUAUGAAAGAAUUCGGUUGGUAGUUCUUGGAGGUGCUGGUGUAGGGAAAAGUGCCAUCAUUAGACGACUUCUUGGCCAGGGUUUCACCGAGAGAUACAGACCAACAGUUGAAGAUCUUUAUUCUAGAGAAUGUAUUCUAGGAACAUUAACUUUAAAAGUCGAUCUUUUAGAUACUGCAGGCGAUCUUCAAUUUCCAGCAAUGAGGAGGUUGAGCAUAGCUACUGCACAUGCUUUUCUGCUCGUUUACGCAACGACAUCACUGUCAAGUUUUGAAUGCGUCAAAAUGUGCUUCGAGGAAGUCAGAGAACAACGGCCGGACUAUCAGGAAGUUCCUAUAGUAAUAGCUGGAAAUAAACUGGAUCUAGCAUCUGUAAGACGUGAAGUUCCAAUUGAAGAUGUCAGCGAAUGGCUCUUCUGUGAAUUGCCCAAACUUAGAGCUAAAGUGAUGGAAUGUUCAGCAAAGGACGAUAAAAAUAUCAAAGAAAUCUUUAGAUGUUUUGUGACUCUUUCAAAGAUUGUUCCAAAGACUCCAGCAGGUGAAAUUGAUGAAACUGCAUUGAGAAGAAGACGUUCAGCUUAUGGACAUAGUAGAUCCGGCAGUCCAGGCGGAAGGACUGACAGUGCUGGCCCGGGAUCUCCGCAACAGGUACUCGCUGCUCAAGGAACAAGUGUUGUAGCAGUCGCAGAAGAGGUCAAGAGCAAACCUCGUAGCAGGAGUUUGAUAAGACGAGCAUCUAGAAAAACAAAACAACAGAUCCGGGAUGCACAUACUGAUGACUGUAAUAUUUCUUAAACAAAUAAAUAGCUGAGUGCAAUAAGUUGUUGUGUUGAAGAAAUAAUGCAGAGAAAUGAUGAUACAGAUGGUAAAAUGAAAUAGAGAUGUGAGUGAAUAUUGCAGUGUUUAGAAGAAGUUCAUUUUUCUCAGGAAUAUUAAGUCUAGCAAUUCCAGCUGUUUGCAGGAAGGUCAAUUGGAAAUAAGAAGGAAAAUCUAGGGCAAUAAUGUAGUGGAAAUAUCAAUAAGUGUGUAUAGAGGUAAGUUUUGAAAUUUUCAAAUGAAGAGACAAGAAACGAACGAUAAACUAAGAUGGGAGCGUGGGUAAAGUCUUAGAUGAGGGCAGAACUAAAGGAAGUGUCGGUGAAGCGAAGAAGAGACAGACAUCGAGGGUGGAUGAAGAUGACACUAUAAAAGAUCAAAGCAGAGUCAUCUGCUUUUUAUUGUUACUUUUUUUACCUUACAAUUUACGAGAGUCAAAAAAAAGGUGGUCGUGAAACAAGUGCGGGUCUCUCUUGUGAACUUAUCUUAUUAUUACGAGUUGAUCAUAAUAACUACACCAUCUGUUACGCAUUGCUUACUUUUAUAUGAUAAUUCAAUGAACAUUAUUAUAUAAUGAAUCAUUCUGUUAUUCAUACAUUUUUUUUUUCUCUCUUUUGGAAUUGGUCAAGUAUCUCUCAGGAUAUAUUUUUUUUUCAUGUGUCAGGAAAAAAACCUUUCUGGUUGAAAUACAUUUUUUUUAGUGGAUUAACUAUUUUUUGUUCCAAAUAAAACAUAUCAGUUUUUAACUAGUAAAGAACAACAAAUGAAAUGAAAAAAAAAUAUACAAUUGUAUUGUAUUCAUAAAAAUGAGGAAUCAUUAAUCUUAUCAGACAUUGCUUGCAAA